AUGACUGGGAAAAAAACAAUCCACCGGUGGAAAAGCUCCGAGGAAUCAGCUCGCCAAGAAGGCGUUAGGAAGUCGUCCCGAGCACCAGCGGGGUCAAGAAGCCCCGUCGUUACCGCCCUGGAACAGUCGAUCUUCGAAGCUACUGGUAGUGAAAUUGGGAGCAAGGCGAAAUCUUGCAAGAGAUGCUUUUAUUAUUCUUCGCGUUUCAAAGCCAAUGCUCAAAACCCUCUCCGUGUUGGCCUGACCCUUUCAGUGUGCCUUCAUAUAUUGUUGGACAAUCUGGCUGAAGCAUCGAAAGAGGGUAGGAACCUUACACAGUUCAGAUAUGCUUGCGCCGGUUAUGCACUUUUUGAGGAUUGUAAAGGCCAUGCACCCAAAGGGCAACAACCUCAGUCAGAAUUACUUGUCUGCUUUGGCCUUGAGGUAAAGAAUUGUGAAGAAAAAUUCAUGAAAUCUAUCAGAUCGCCGAUAAACUCCAUGGACGAUCAGGGAAAAGUUGCAGGUUGA